AUGACCAGACGCCGUGUAGAUGUAUCCAAGAAUGAUGGCAAAAGACUUCGUGCCAUUUGUAAAGGAAAGUCAUGUGAAUGGUAUGUUUAUGCAAGGAAGAUCGAAACCCACAACAAUACCGAUUUUGUGGUAGUGAAUAUGCACAGAGAUCAUGCUCACACAUGCUCUCAAGUGUUGGAGCAGAGAUGGCUGACGUCCAAGUGGCUAGCUGAGCGUUACAUGGAGAAAAUCAAAGCAAAUCCCCACAUCCCAUUGGUGGCUAUACGGCAGUGUGUGGAUGAGGAGUUCGGGCUCAAAGUUGGCAGGAAGAAUGCGUAUCGCGCAAGAGACAGUGCAUUAGAAUGUAUUUUUGGUAAGGCGGGACUCCAAUAUCGGAGACUGUUCGACUACAAAGCUGAAUUGGAACGGACACACGUUGACUCUAGUGUGCAUAUACACUACGAGAACUUAAGGGAUACUGAAGCUGUGGGCCCGAGAUUCUUGUGGUUUUAUAGUUGCCUCAGGCCAUUGAAAAAAGAGGACAUCCACUUACAGGAGAAUGCCCCAAGAUUUGUCUUCAUGUCUGAUCAGCAAAAGGGUCUUGCAAAAGCCAUCCUUGAGGAUUUCCCACAGAGCGAGCAUCGCUUCUGUGUGCAUCACAUAUACAACAACUUCAAGAAGAGAUUCAUUGGGGAGAAUUUUAAGGAGAUAUUGUGGGAGCUUGCGUCGAGUACAACCCACGAACAGCUUAUUUCUCUCCGCAUGUUUGUUGCGAUGUUAUCCUCAACAAUAUUUGCUCGCGAGUUGGCCAUUAUCACCAUGUUGGAGGAGAUCCGGACAAGUCAAAUGGAGAGGAUACAGAUUAGAGGCCAGUGGAUCAAGACAUACGAUCACACACUGCCGCCCGUUAUUAAAGAGAUAGUGGAUAAGUUGUUCGUGAGGGCUUCUUCUUGGAGAUCAACAUGGAACGGAGAGGAUUCGUACCAAGUGUCGGGACCGUCAGGCCAAUACGUAGUGAACAUGCGUGAAUUUACUUGCUCUUGCAGAGUAUGGCAGCUGACUGGGAUCCCAUACACUCACGCCAUCUCUACAAUCAACAAGAUUGGGAAGGAUGUAGCAGACUAUGUCUCCCGCUAUUAUUUGCGGUCCACAAUGACGCUUCUGUACGAGAAUGUCCUCUACCCAAUCAAUGAGAUGGAUAAUUGGCCGAAGACUUCUGAAGUUGGAUUUGAACUGGCACCCCCGAGGACAAAGCAACAACGUGGACGACCAAAGAAACUGAGGCGUGAAGAACCCCAGAUGCUCGAACCGAAGUUGGACAGAGUUCAUAGCCCAGUGAGCCUAGUGAGCCACCCACAACCGAUGGAGGUGACAGGACUGAGUCGUCUAACGUGA